UCAACAACUUCACGCUUUAUCACUUAAGGUAAGAAUGGGCGCUAAAAACGGAGUAAAAGAAGAGCCAACCUCAAGCGAUGAUGAAGUGCCUCUGGCGUCGCGGAAGCGCAAGAAGCUGGUUCCAAAGGGGGAACCACAGUCAGAGGGUAGUGAGUCUGAAGCUGCUGUAAAUGGAAACAGUGGGGAGGAUUCCGACUAUAAAAACAGUGACGAUGAUGUGCCUCUUUCCAAAAGAAAGGCGGAGAGUGAUAGUGAUGACGAAAUUCCGUUAGCAUCUCGUAAGAGAAAGGGUGGAUCUCAAAAGAUCAAGAAGCAGACCAAAUACGACUCCAGCGACGAGGAGAAUGUUCCGAAGAAGAAGAAAAUAAAGAAGGAACCGGAAACUAACAAUAAGAAAGUCGUCAAGAGAACGAUAGUUCCACCAAAAGGCGAGGCAAAACCCGGAAAGAAGCCGAAGAAAGAGAAAGAGCCAGAUAUCCCAAUUUGGAAGUGGUGGCUGGAAGAUAAACUACCAGAGGGACAGAAGUGGAGAUCUCUUUCCCACAGCGGACCCGCAUUUCCUGAGCCUUACGAGAGGUUACCCGGCCACAUCAAGUUCAAAUACGACGGAAAGGUAUUCCAGUUAUCAGAACGAACGGAAGAAAACAUGUCAUUUUUCGCAAAAAUGUUGGAUCACGACUACACAACAAAAGUGGUCUUCAGGAAAAAUUUCUUCGAUGACCUCAGAAAGUUGAUGACACAAGAGGAACGGGAGGUUUUGAAGAAGUUGGAGCUGUGUGACUUUUCCGCCAUGCACCAGUAUUACUUAGAAGAAGCAGCUAAGAGGAAAAAUAGGACCAAGGAGGAAAAAGAGGAACUAAAAGUCAAGAACAAAGCAAUAGCUGACGUGUAUGGUUUGUGUAAAGUGGACGGUCACAUUCAGAAAGUUGGUAAUUUCCGGAUAGAACCUCCAGGCUUGUUCCGAGGUCGAGGAGACCAUCCCAAACAGGGCAAGAUCAAAUUACGGACUCCUCCAGAGUCUAUCAUUAUAAACAUCGGUAAAGGUGAAACUGCCCCGAAGUGCCCUGAAGGACACAAGUGGAAAGCAGUUCAACACGACAACAAGGUCACGUGGUUAGCGUGUUGGAAGGAGAAUGUGUUGGGUAAUUUCAAGUAUGUCAUGUUGAACCCUACCUCUAAGUUGAAAGGAGAAAAAGAUCACGCCAAGUACGAGACUGCGCGCAAUCUGAAGAACUGCGUAGAAAAGAUUCGGGAGAACUAUCGUUCAGAUUUCCAAAGCAAAGAGAUGAUGGUCAGACAGAGAGCAGUGGCGCUGUAUUUUAUCGACAAGCUCGCUUUGAGGGCUGGAAACGAGAAGGAUGACGAUGAAGCUGAUACGGUCGGAUGUUGUUCUCUGAGAGUUGAACAUAUUAAGCUACACGAGAAGUGGGAGGACAAGGAGUUUGUUGUGGAGUUUGAUUUCCUGGGAAAAGAUUCGAUCAGAUAUCAGAACUGGGUGGCUGUUAACAAGAGAGUCUACAAGAAUCUCAAGAUAUUUGUCAAGGAUAAGGAGCCGGGGGAUGAUCUCUUUGACAGACUCAACACAAGCAAGAUGAAUGAAUAUCUUGGUACACUAAUGGACGGUUUGACUGCUAAAGUGUUCCGUACUUACAACGCUUCCUGGACUUUACAGCAGCAGUUGCAGGAGCAGACAGAUAGUAAGAGUGAUCUCCCAAACCUUGUUCUUACUUAUAACAGAGCAAACAGAGCUGUAGCUGUUCUCUGUAACCAUCAGCGCGCAGCCCCCAAGACAUUCGACAAACAGAUGGAGAACCUUGGGAAUCAGAAAGACGCCAAGAAAGAAGAUGUAGCUAAACAGAAAGGGGUUUACAAAGAGGCGAAAAACUAUUACAGACAUCAUCGGAACAAUGACAAAGCCAAGAAACGGUACGAGAUUGAGAAGAGGAAAUUAGAACGUUUACAGGAGGCCCUGCUCAAACUUCAAGUCAAAGAAACUGACAAGGCUGAGAACAAGACCAUUGCCUUGGGAACCAGUAAACUUAACUAUCUUGACCCCAGAAUUACCGUCGCUUGGACAAAGAGGUUCACCGUUCCGAUUGAGAAAGUAUACAACAAAACGCAGCGAGAGAAGUUCUUGUGGGCGAUAGAAAUGGCGACUGCUGACUUUGAAUGGUGACACUCUCCAACCCUCCGGAAAACAUCUCCCCCUAGAUCUACAAUUAUCCCAAGCACAACACCUAUCAUAAGAUAGGACUCGUUAUUUGACCAGAGGAACAUGUCAGUCACAUGCUUCUUUAAUAAUCAUUCGUCAUGCACAUCAUUCCUUCCGUCAGAACAUGUCAUGUGACCAGCAUACCGUCUCCGUUUUAAUGAUAUAUAUUUAAAUUUAUUACAUUUUCACAUCAUACCAAGUGGUUGGCAGUAUUUGAAAAAUGGGGUGCGAUUAUUACAAUUAUUAUUAUAAUAAUUUUCUGAGGAUUGUAAUUGUAUUUGAAUUCAAUAAAAGUGACCUCUGCUACUUGUAUUAAUUAACCGGAGCUUAAUUUUGACACGCAUAUAAACAUAAUCUGCUUUGUUAUUUACGUCAAAUUAUUUUCUAUUUUUUGGAUUUAAUGUUAUUAACGCAUUGUUCGUUACAAUUAGGUUACAAUUUUGAGACAAAACUUUUAAGCGCUUGCGCGAGGUAUCAUGUGAUCUGUUGAUUCAGUUUAAGAAAUAAAUAUUUAUUGUGAAAGUGUAAGAUAGCCAAUAGUCCUGUCCAAAUCUGUAAAUUUUAGGACUCUUGAUAAGGGGCAGAUAAUAGAUGAUUGAUGGUGCAGCAAAAACAAUAUUACCGUAACUCUCAAUAGAACUUUGAUGUAACUGAAUAUUUCAUUUAUUAAUAUGAAAUAUUUCUGGAGUAUUUUUGCCGCGACCUGGUUACUGAUAUACAAUUAACCUUGUGUUUGUAAUCCUCUAAUCAAAUGUCUGUUUCUCCUGCAUCACACUUUUAUAGUCUAUUUAUUGAGUAGAAGCAAUUCUGUCUUAUUCUUUAAUGGCUUAGUUGAAUUAACGUAUUCUGGGCCAGGGCCAUGAUGAGGCAAUAAUUAUAUAAUAUAUAUUAUAUUUGGCCACCCUGAGUCUGACCUGUGACCGCAAUUCAAGAAAACAUUAUUUGCCCACGAUAAUUUACUGUUAACUGUGGAUAUGAUGAGUUGCAGUUAUUUGCUGUAUUUUUCAUUUAAAAUUAUUCUUUCUUGGAGAAAACGGGCAUUUAAAGGGUUGAAAUAAUAAAUGGCUUCUUAAACCAGAUAGUCUUCAAAAGGAUUGGAAGAUUUAAAACAUUUUUACUUACAGAAUUAGAAGUGAUAUAUAUUUCGGUUAUUUGAUGUGUCCUGGAUCUUACGAACUGUGAAGUGUUAUCUUGGUAACUGUUGCUUACUUUUA